UACAGAACAUGAGAUUUGAAGAUUGCAUCCUUACAUUUGUAAUCAGAUGCAAGAGAGGAUUAUCUCAAGGUCUCCUCCAUCUUGUGCACAGCUGGGCGCUGCUGAGACAAAAGAGGGAGCAGAGAGGGAUUGGAUGUGAGUGAAUGGAGUAGAGUUUAAGACAGAGAGAGGGAAAGAGGUCACCUGUGGAUGUGAGGAGGAGGAGGGCUUUCUAAGGAACUGCACCCAUCACAACACAUGCAAAACGGAGAGUACAGGAGAAGGACAGAGUCUCAGCAGCAAGUAGAUCACUGUGAAAGGUCUUCCAUGGCAGAGGCAGAGCAUCCUGUGUCAGAGCUGCAUUCACUGGGAGGAGCUAUUCCAUUGGAUCCGACCUUUGACACCACAGAGAGACCUAAACAAGCAACAGCGCCCUCUGGACUGGCUCAACAACCAGGUUACAACUGCCAGGAGGACUCUGUCAGUGAAAUCAGCCAGGGCCAGUGUCAUUCACCUCCUGCUGCCAGAGAAGCUGCUAAACACCAACUGAGCCCAUCUGAAGACUGUGCACUCAUCAGAGCUUCAAACCACCCACCGAGUCCCACUGUGGCAGGGACACUUUCAGACCAUCAUGAGAUAGCUGUGCAUGCAACCAGUGACGAUCCCGACAGGACAGAGCAGAGUCUCAAGCCGGCCUCCCUGGCCGUUCACAGGAGUCACUCAGACACUUUGCCUCUGGUUAAAAAGGGGGUGGCCUCACAGGCUCCAGAUGCUUGUGGACUUGCUUAUCAUGGCAGAGACACAGGCAUCCAAGAGGCUGAGACUCACUCCAUGCUAGCCUGCAAGCAGCCCAUGCAGCUACAUCAGCAUAACACUGUUACCACUAUUUGCAGUGGAGAAGGUAGUUUACAACAGCCUCAGAGCAGGGGUGUCUGCAUCUCAUCUGAUGAAGCUGAAGUCAAAGUAGAGUGUCGAGGAGAAGCGGGCCAUAUCCACACUAAAUGUGACAAGCCACACUGUUACAGCUCUUAUAUCCACCAUGCCAAUUUUGAGGACACGUUUGCUGCUUACUGCCAUCCCCAGCCCAUUCCGGCCCCCUCGCAGAUGGCGCCACGUCUGGCAGGCUGCAAUAUCCAGCCUGCAGUAGCACCUCCCUCAGCAGGAAACCACCUUACACUGCCUCGCCUCUUCUCUUCUGUUAGUGAGACCGGCUUAGAUGCCAAACAUCUCCUGCGUUGCUGCAACCUGAGCUGCUCUUGGAUAAGUUCACUGCCACCUGAUACUGGCCCACAAUGCUCCCAAAAACACUUCAACAAAGAGGACUGGUGCAACACGACAGCUGGCCAAGAGAGAACCACAACACGUGACAUGGGAACUAUGACAGCCCAGAGAGUUCUGAGAGAUGUUGGGGUGCAGACAAAUCAGACCAUCAGUUCUCAUGUGUUCCCUCAGAUCUGUCUGGCAGACGCUAACAGGAGUAAGAUGUCCUCUAGCCAGGCUUCAAAGACUGCUAGUGAUGGGGGCAAAAAAACAGCUGGUGCACCCAAGUCCCCAGUGAAAGAAGUGAAGUGGGAUGCAGAAGGAAUGACAUGGGAGGUGUACGGGGCCUCGGUGGACCCUGAGGAGCUGGGUCUUGCCAUCCAGAAACACCUUGAGCUGCAGAUCAAGGAGACGGCAAACCGUGCGGCCAAGCUCUCACAGCAAAAGCCCGACCCCUCCCGGCAGGUCAGGAAUGUGGGCUGUCUCAGAAAGAGAAGGAUGAUGGGAUCCAUCCCAACCCCGGCUUGCUGCAGUCGCAGCACUGCAGCUGUUGACUAACUGAACACCUGACAGGUGGAAUGGGCAGGACCUGAACACUGUGCUCAGCAGCAGAAUGCUGCUCAUAGCUUCAACCUCAAAUUUCAGCCAUUUGAAAAGAAGCUUUUUGGAAGAUAUUUCAA